AUGAAUGUCCUGGCUCAGUCUCGCAUCCGUGCACUAAGCGAUUUUGUCACUGUACUUGACCACCAAUCCGUCCUUGGAAUCGUCAACAUACUUGACGAAUGCUCAACGCUACUGGCCGCAGAUCAGAGCAACAGGCAAAUUUUUGGCCAGGCUGACGAUUCCAGUAUAUGGCCUACCUUACGCUAUCUUUGGGUUCAAACAGUCGAUGCAUAUGAAGGAGUCGGACCUGUCGAUGAGCAACAGUCUGCCCUUCUAUGUCUCAGUGUUGCUCGAUUCACGCGAAAUCUCUCCGCGGGAGUGCCGUCUAACCAGGAAAGAGCUUUUGAUAAUGAACCAGCCAUCAGGAAGCUAGUUCAUCGGUACACCUCGUUCUCCGUGAUGCAAGAUCCAAAGUCAUUUGAAAUUACGCGGAUGUUGGUACAGACAUUAUCCAACAUUGUCACUACCAAUGAAGCACUUUCGCAGAGACUGUGGAGCAUCUACACUCAGCUUCCACAGAAAGAUUCCAUUCUCAUUCGGUUGUGCGCGUCUCCUGAUGCCAAAACCGUCUCUACAACGUUUGUUUUGAUCUUGAAUCUAAUCCACAAUAGUCAAGAGAGAGCAGAGAUGUUAAUCACAAGCGCCACCGGACCCCGCAUAUGCAUCUCUUUACUUGAUUGCAUCCUCUCGCUUUUUGACGCUGAAGAGUCUACUCAUCACAGUCAAGCGUUCGAUGUUGGUUAUCAAAUCUUAGUCCGCCUAUUCAAAGCCGGUCUAGUCAAGAAAUUGUAUAUGAGAAUUGCUGUGGUUGGUGAGGUUAUAUCACCGCAUCAGACAACACUACUCAAGCUCCUAGACUCGUAUCUGCAAUCCCUUCCCUACCGAGAAGUCGUGGGGGAGAACGAUGAACUUCUUCAGAUGCUGACGUCCACCUUCUUUUCGUUGUCCCGACACAUGAAGAUAGCUAUAAAAAGCACACUUGGGACUGCUGCAGCUUCAGAAAGGGUGAAUCUUGGCCUGUCCGAAGCAUCGAUAUCACUUCCACUUUCUGAAACGCCUAUGGAACCACCGGGUUACCGGAAUCCACAAGAAAUUGAUCUAUUACUGCCCAAAGUCUGCGAGGCGCUAGUACUAGUUGUGCAGUGUCUAACGUCAAUCUUGUUGGCCGCUGAACUGGAUGCACCAGCUGCUGACGCACCCUCCACCCGAGCAAAUCGUGCCAGUGAUCUCCGUUCUCCAAGACGGUAUAUCUCUGAAGUACAUACGGCUGAUGGUCAGGAUUUCGCGGAGGAUCUAGUUGAAACUCUACGCCUCCUCGAUAUUUUCAUUCCACGUAUCAUGUUAGGAAAAGUGGCACAUCGACCUGCUCCUCCAGGAUCUGAAGCUCUUCAACAAGAAUCUCCACCUCUAGGGCUCGUUUACAUUAAGCGAGAUUUAGUUCGCCUUCUCGGCAUCCUUUGUGCACACAACCAUCCUGUACAAGACCGUGUUCGCCUUUGUGGUGGAAUCCCUGUCAUCAUGAACAUGUGCGUGAUUGACGACCAAAACCCUUAUCUAAGGGAACAUGCGAUCCUCGCACUGAAUAACCUACUGCAAGACAAUGCAGAGAAUCAGGCAGUAGUCAAUGAGAUGAAGCCAGUUGGAAGAUGGGACGCGAUGGGUAACCGUGUCGGAACAUAG